CCCUGCACCAACGGCUCCAGAACAUAUGUGCCUUUCCUGGUUAAAUACUUUAUUAUUAUUAUUAUAUCUCCAAAACACCUUUAUUGCUAUUAGCGGUUGGUGCUUUUAUGAACAAAGGCUUUUGAGCUGCUGAAGAAAUGCUGUUUUCGCAAGUUAUCUCUGUGAUUGUCUUUCUCACAGGAUGUGAAGUGGCCUCAGCAUUUACCGAAGGAGCUGUGAGGUUGGCUGGAGGGAACGGUACAGCCCAGGGCAGAGUGGAGGUGUACCAUGAUGGACAGUGGGGAACGAUCUGCGAUGAUGAAUGGGACAUUAAGGAUGCGUCCGUGGUCUGCAGAGCUUUGGGGUUCUCUGGGGCCAUCAGAGCUGAAAUGGGAGGAGUGUUCCCACCAGGAUCGGGUACCAUCAUGCUCGAUGAGUUGGCUUGCACUGGAAAUGAGACAUCGUUGGCCGACUGUGCUUUCAAAGCCUGGGGUUUAAGUGACUGUAAGCACAGUGAAGAUGCUGGUGUGGUUUGUUCUCCAGAAGAAGAGGAAGGAAAUUUCACGGCUUACACCCUGGAUAACUCCUGUGGAAUCGGCGAUACCCUGAGAGUUCUUUUUGAGAGCCAGAAGAACUGUGAUCACUUUAUCACGGUGGUGGGAAAAGAUGGACUUGUGGCCUCCAAGGAGAUCUGCACUCAUAGACUCAUUCUCUCACUAAACCCAGAGGCAAACUUCCUUUUGGGAGGAGAGGGCAACAAAUUCACACUCACCAUACAGGACGAAUGUAUUCCACAAGCGAAGAUAUUUAUCAGAUACUUCUACACUCAGAAAAUCAAGGUGGCAUUGUCUUCCUUAAAGUGUAUCCACCAGAUGGCUUCGACCUACAAGGUUAACAGUCUGAAGGAGUACACUGCCCAGUUCUUCUCCAUCUUGAUGUCAGAUGAUCCAUCUUUCAAAAAGCAGCUUGAACUCCUUAACUAUGCAGAGUCCAACUCUGACGCCAACCUGAGGGACUUGUGUCUAAGAUACUUUGCUUGGAAUUUCGAGUCCUUUUCUCAGUCUAAGGUUUGGAAAAAUCUAGUAUUUAGUCAGUUUCAGUCUCUUCUCUCCAGGUCAGAUUUGGUUAUUAAGAAUGAGUGGGCAGUACUUGAAACUGUGGAGAAUUGGGUAACUACCAAUCAAGUGGAGGGAGAUCUCUUGAAAGAGCUGAUUGAGACAGUAAGGUUCCCCAUGAUGUCUCCAGAGGAGCUUCUCCAAGUUCAGGUGAAUGUUUCCAUGUAUGAAAAGAAUAAAAUAAUUUUCCAAGACAAGAUCAUUCAGGCUUUAAUGUUCCACGCUGUGUCCUACGAGGUCCUAAACAGCUACGUGGACCUUUCUAAAGAUGUGUACAUACCCAGAAUCUAUACAUCUACUACAUGGAGCUCAACUGUUUAUGCAAAUCAAUACUAUGGUUACAAUAUUCAAUAUUUCAAUACCCCAAGACAUUUCAGUGCCCUACUUACAUCCCAGUUGACCCAGUGGAAUGUUAUUUAUGCAUCAAACAUACAGACGUGCUAUAAUUAUGGAAUUCCUUGUACGUCUGAUUCACUACCUUUAUUCAGACUCAAUACGGGUAAUAUUUACCAGUACAUUGUCUAUCAGAAUGUACUGCUAAUGAAAUGUGGUGGAACCACAGUCACGGGAAUGGAAGUAUUUAAGAAUGACAUGGCAUCAGACUCAGCCACUAGUAAUGGCACCAAUUUCCCAUGUACCUCGGGAUCAAACACAUACUCUGCGGUUAUCCGUCCCAUUUACAAACUCAACCAGCACAGGCAACGGCGCAAAUCCGCGGCCUACAGCGCAUCGCCCAUCCAGAGCCUGGAGGCCUACCUAGACGGAAGCCUACUCGGGUACCACGCACCCAACCUGAACCCGGACACCACGGGUAUGGGCCGCCGAUCAAACAAACCUGCAACAAGCGCGACCACACAAGCCAGGGAUAUUGGCGAGAUGUGGCUCCGACCGGUGCAAACCGAAACGGCGCGCACCACACACCGCCCUCCUCCCGGGCAACCAUCCGAGCCUGACCGCGAGGAGCCGAAUACAAACAGGACUCCCCUGGCGGAGCACACACCGCCGCAAGAGGCCCAGGACGACUCGGCCCCCACGACUAAAGGCGACUUGAAAACCCUCUGGACCAACAUACAACAGCUGCUGGCGGCUGAUGUCGCUAUAGUCAAAAAAGACAUACAGUCGGUCACAGAGAGAGUGACAACAGUGGAAGCUGACAUUACCACUGUACAGGACACCGUGUCCACCCUCCAGGACUCGAUUCAACGCCUACAGGCAGAGCAACAUGUACUCGCCGGCCAAAUUAUGUCAUUGGAAGACAAACAACGCCGGAAUCAUAUCAAAAUCCGGGGCAUCCCAAACGCUGUCACGACAGAGGAACUGCCGCAAUAUGUAAGGCGGCUACUUACAACACUGCUAGCCGCUAAAAAGAUAACCCCGGACGGGAUUUACAGAGUGACCAGCUCUACCCGCAUACCACCCGACAUGCCAAGGGAUGUUAUCAUGCGCCUGGCGACAACAUCAGACAAGAUCCAAAUAAUGAUCGCUAUAAAAGGCAAAACACCUCUGGCCUUUGAGGGCUCUCAGCUCUCUUUUUUCCAGGAUGUCACAAGAGCCACAUUGUUAAGGAGAAAGUCAUUCGAACCUGUGACAACGUCCCUGCGCAAGGCCGGCAUCGCUUACAGAUGGGGAAACACAGUUCUUCCUACGUACUGCAUCCCACACCCACAGAUACUUUGUAACUGCUGCACGUCUUGGUUCUGGAACCCAUUCCUAAACCCCUGUAUAAUCUGCGUCUGUCUGGGUUCUGCCCCCCCAAGAAUCCCCCAAGAAAUGCAUCCUCUUCAAUGGAUCGUUCUGGUUUUACCCCUUCUGACAUGUAAAGUGGUUUCAGCAAUUACCGAAGGAGCUGUGAGGUUGGCUGGAGGGAACGGUACAGCCCAGGGCAGAGUGGAGGUGUAUCAUGAUGGACAGUGGGGAACGGUCUGCGAUGAUGGAUGGGACAUUAAAGAGGCAUCCGUGGUCUGCAGAGCUUUGGGGUUCUCUGGGGCCAUCAGAGCUGAAAUGGGAGGAGUGUUCCCACCAGGAUCGGGUACCAUCAUGCUCGAUGAGUUGGCUUGCACUGGAAAUGAGACAUCAUUGGCCGACUGUGCUUUCAAAGCCUGGGGUUUAAGUGACUGUAAGCACAUUGAAGAUGCUGGUGUGGUUUGCUCUCCGGCAGAAGAGGAAGGAAAUUUCACGGCUUACACCCUGGAUAACUCCUGUGAAAUCGGCGAGACCCUGACAGUUCUUUUUGAGAGCCAGAAGAACUGUGAUCACUUUAUCACAGUGGCUGGAAAAGAUAAGCCUUCUGUGUCUACAGAAAUCUGUGCUCAUCGACUCAUCCUUCAACUUAAUCCGGAGGCAAAGUUCCUUCUGGGAGGAGAGGGCAACAAAUUCACGCUCACCGUUCAGAACGAAUGUAUAUCGCAAGCAAAAAUAUUUAUCAGGUAUUUCUAUAGUCAUAAAAUUAAGGUGACAUUGUCCUCCUUAAAGUGUAUCCACCAGAUAGCUUCCACCUACAAGGUUAACAGUCUGAAGGAGUACACUGCCCAGUUCUUCUCCAUCGUAAUCCCAGAAGAUCCAUCUUUCAAAAAACAGCUUGAACUUCUUAACUAUGCAGAGUCCAGCUCUGAUGCCAAACUACGGGACUUGUGUCUACGAUACUUUGCUUGGAAUUUCGAGUUGUUUUCUCAGUCGAAGGUGUGGAAUGAUGUCACUUUUAGCCAGCUGCGAUCUAUCCUUUCUAGGUCAGAUUUGGUUAUCAAGAGUGAAUGGGCAGUACUUGAAACAGUGCAAAAGUGGAUAACUACCAAUCAAGUGGAGGGAGAACUCACAAAAGAGCUUAUUGAGACAGUAAGGUUCCCAAUGAUGACACCAGAAGAGCUUCUCAAACUCCAGUUUAAUGUAUCUAUGUAUGAAAAGAAUAAAUUCACUUUCCAGGAACACUUUGUUCAGGCUUUAAUGUUCCACACUUUAUCUUACCAAGCCCUAAACCGCUAUAUGAACCUAUCUAAAGAUGCCUACACACCUAGAAUCUAUACCUCUUCUACAUGGAGUUCAAGUGCACAAACCAAUUCGUACUACAGUCAAAGUAAUCGAUCCUUCAGGACAGCCAGACACCCCAGUUCUCUGUUCAUAUCUUCCCAGACCCAGUGGACUGUUAUGUAUCUGACCAACACACACAGUUGCCGGAACUAUGGAUUCUCUUGUUCUGCCGAUUCUCUUCCUGGUUUCAGAUUCAGCUCAAGCAAUGUCACUCCUAACAUUCGCUAUCAGAAUAUGCUAGUGAUGAAAUGUGGUGGAACAAUCGUCACAGAAAUACAAGAGCUCAAGCAGCAAAUGUUGCUAGACCCAGCUACUCUCACUGGCACCAACUUCCCAUGCUCCUCAAGAUCCAACACAUACAUGGUGGUGAUCCGUCCCACCUACUCAUCUUAAAACUACACAGAGAGCUUAUUGUCUUAAUAUCUUAUCUUCCAUUCCAAGGCUUGCAGCGAGAUCAUCGUGGGUAUUUAAGAAUAUUCUUAAUACAUCUUAGGACACCUGGAACUCUAUUUCCUAGGUUGUUUUUUUUUCUUUUUUCUUCACUUUUUCAAUAAAUAAUGGUGGGACUUGGAGAACUAUCAUAUUGCUUA